GUUGGGAAUACAUCCGAGUUUGUGUUACUAUUUUAAUCUCAGAUUCGGUGACUAGAUCACGUUUCGAGAUUUUCAAUUCAUCAAAUCGACUCAUCAACAUUGGUGGCAUUAGUUGUUUCUUUUUCGAGGGUUUAUAAAAUUAAGACAGAGAUUGUGUUUUUCUGCUGUCUGGUUUCUAUGUACAUUGUGACAUUGAUUGUAUUGCUGUAAAACCUGUAUAGAAUUUUUUGCGUAACAGCGUAAAGUAACAAUUAACCUGGCUUAAUUUCAAACACUGGACUACAGAUUGGACCAAAAGAAUGAGCGUCUUAACCAGCGAUAGCAUGUAUUGGAUUGUUCUUUUUUGUUUGAUUCGAAUUUCAAUUUCAUUUCAAGCAGAAAAACAUUUUGUGCUUGAUUUUCAAAGUCUAAAUGGCACUGACAGAUCAUCUAAAGAUGAAAUCCAAGACGCUUUGUGCCAGAUUAAUUUUGGUGUAAAGAUCAUCAGUUUACAAAUACAAGGGAACGACUGCAAUGUAUCGAUCCACAUGAUCUCAUGGUGGACUGACGACCAAAGAGAUUUAUUUUGUUACGUGGCUAAUUCUUGUAACGGCAAGACUCAAUGUUUGGUCAAUCUCCGACAGUUUACCUGUAAAAAAUCUCUCCAUAAUAUAACAAAACUCAAAGUCAGUUACGAUUGUUUACCUAUAGCACCAAAUGAUUCAAAUGUGUUUGACCUAGGACUCAGGUUUGAGAAGGAAAUAGUUCACCCAGAAGUAACGCCACAUUACCUGGUUCUGUAUAGAAGAAAUUAUUCCCAAUCGAUAACUUGCUCUCUUGUUGUGGAGCCAGAAGCAGAGCUUAAAGUUUUACACAUGGCGCCCCACACAAGUUUAGUAUUUAAUCUUUCUAGUCACACAAGUUAUCACAGUGAAGAGGUUUCUGAUAAAUGUAUACGAUAUUUUGUAGAUGGGGUGCAGAUCGUACAUAAAGUGACGAUUAAAGCUACAAAAAUCGACGGCCUAAUAUGGUUACAACUUAAUAAAACAAAGUCAUUUAAUUUAACCUGCGACCACAGUGACAUCCAGACAACACCCUCUCCUACUAUUUAUACGACAACAUUACCUGAGUCAAGUAUAGCAACAAAAUCAACUACAGCAACAAAACCAACAGAAUCAAGUAAAGUGACGACAUCAACACAAUCAACUAUAGCGACGGCAUCAACACCAUCAAGUACAACGACGACAUCAACACAAUCAAGUAGCCCUAUAGCAACGACAUCAACGCAAUUAAAUAUAACGACGAUAUCAACACCAACAACUAUAGCGACGACAUCAACACAGUCAAGUAUAACAACGACACCAUUACAAUCAACCACAGCAACGACAUCAAUAGAAAAAGACAUAUCGACGGAAACAACGACAGCAACAAAAACGACAGAACCACAGGAAGCUUCUAGCCAAACUACAAUCGUCGCUAUAGCUGCAACAGCUGGGCUACUCACGCUUGCUAUUUUAGUCAUGUGUGUGCUGUGCUUUUACCGCAGGUGGUCCGCGCCGUUCAAGCGACUCAGAGACCCACGAGACAGCAGAGUCAAGUUCCGUCACAGACAGCAGCACUACAAGUGUUACAUGGAGUAUGACAUUAUCGACGCCUCUGAGAACAAUGACACGUCAUCAACAGACAAAUUCGUCUCAGUUUCUGGAAACUUCUCCGCCCUGGGGGAUGAGGAUUACAGCGUUAUUGAAGACGAUUUAUUACACUACUCGACACCCUCAGACCAGGGACCCACCAACCCGGGACCCUCAGACCUGGGACCCACCAACCCGGGACCCUCAGACCUGGGACCCACCAACCCGGGACCCUCAGACCUGGGACCCACCAACCCGGGACCCUCAAACCUGGGACCCACCAACCCGGGACCUUCAGACCUGGGACCCACCAACCCGGGACCCUCAAACCUGGGACCCACCAACCCGGGACCCUCAAACCUGGGACCCACGAACCCGGGACCCUCAGACCUGGGACCCACCAACCCGGGACCCUCAAACCUGGGACCCACCAACCCGGGACCCUCAGACCUGGGACCCACCAACCCGGGACCCUCAGACCUGGGACCCACCAACCCGGGACCCUCAAACCUGGGACCCACCAACCCGGGACCCUCAGACCUGGGACCCACCAACCCGGGACCCACAGACUCGCGACCCACACUCCCUGGACCAAUCGCCCCAAGACGUACUGUAUUAGCGCCAGCUGGUAAUGUUUAUUCAGCCGAAGAGAAAGUUGAAAAACAAGGGAGCGUACUGAUAAAAAUUGACGGGCGUGAAGUGUCGUACUCACAGUGCACGGUAGCUUCCCCUGAGUUAAAGGACAAGAAUAACAGUUCCUCUGAAGAAGAGACGACCUCUGACCUUUACACGGAGUUAACGAAAGACGAGGACUACUCACACCUAGAACACACAAACCCGGGCCGAGCACUCACCGAACACGUAUAUGAUGGAUAGAUUUUUCGAACGUUUUUUUUAAUAAGCUGAAUGCUGUAAAACUAUUGUAAACUAGUUUGAUAAUGGCUAUACUCAAGGUUGGGUGCUACACCAAAUCACAUUUCGUUAUAGUCUUGCACAUCCAAUGAAACUCUACGCCUAUGCUAAAAAUCUUUUAAAAUUGUUUCAAAGACUUGUGUUUUUGGUUGUCAUAGAAACUACAGCCAUAUUGGAUUUUGGACGAUUCUUUGAAAAUGCUAAGGCCCCGUAAACCCUACUGGGAAAUACGCUAACAAUCAUAAUUUUUAUAGGACAGUGUUAACUGGAACUUUCUUUUAAGUAUAUUGUGGAGAAGACGGGGUGGUCGAGGGAUUGAGAGUUUUACUGCUGGCCUGUAGGUUCUCAAAUUCGGAUCUCGCGAUGAAAUUGUGACUGUUGUAAGACUUCCCUGAGUCUACCCGGCUAUGAUGGGCAACUAAGAGACCUCAGAGAUAGUUAAGGCGGCUGAACCUACUGCUGAUCUUCAUAUGCUGAGUUAUAGAAACAUGUGAACUCUUCCUUAUAUGCCUUAUGGAACGUUACGUCUGAA